GAAGGCAAAAGAGAUCAAUGGGGAAGGUCAGCGUCGCAUUGUGGGCGGUGUUCGUGGUGAGCUCAGUGGGAAUAGCAUGGGGACAGAGCGCCACCAAUGUGAGGGCCACCUAUCACAUGUACCAACCAGAGCUUCAUAACUGGGAUUUGAUGGCCGUCAGUGCAUUUUGCUCCACCUGGGACGCCUCCAAGUCUCUCUCCUGGCGCCGCAAAUAUGGCUGGACUGCCUUCUGUGGCCCCGUCGGCCCCCGUGGUCGGGCCGCCUGCGGCCGCUGCCUCCGAGUCACCAACACCCGCACUCGCGCACAGCAGACCGUGAGGAUUGUGGAUCAGUGCAGUAACGGCGGUUUGGACCUGGACGUCGGAGUCUUCCGGAGGUUGGAUACCGACGGCAACGGCAACGCUCAGGGCCAUCUGUUCGUCAACUACGACUUCGUCGACUGCCACGACUGAUACGUCCGAUCGAUCUCAUCAUCCCAACCACUUCUCUUGCUUUGAAAAUAAAAGCACUUUAGUUAGUUAUCAGAGGGUGCCCAGCAUUCUCUUAUACCCUGUUUGGUUUAUGAAAUCAAUGUAAUAAUGGUUGGGAAUGUAACGUAAUAAAAUGAUGAUUUCAAUAAAGUUGUUUGCAGCUA